AUGAUGAGGGCGUGUCAGUUGUUCAAGUCAUUUCAAAUUAAACCAGUACUGAUUACUGGUUUUGAACACAGCGGAGGCUGUGCAACUUUGAAAACCCCCUUAAUUAGAAGGACUAUGGUAAGUGUUCUGAAAGUCUUCAUUUUUUUUAUGAACGUUUGCUGUAAAUAUUUUUAAAUAUUAUGGUUCUUAAUUUUGAUAACCAUGUUAAGGCGUUGAAAUGUGAUGUUGGUGUUCGAAAAGAAUCCGACACAUUUGGAGAACUAGAUGUACCCAGUGAUCGUUAUUAUGGCGCUCAAACAGUACGAUCAACAAUGAAUUUCCGUAUUGGUGGUGAAAAAGAACAAAUGCCAGUAAGUGUAGUAGAAUAUAAUAAGGUGUGAUGGGAAAACCACAUUAAUUUUGUGUGAAUUGGACAUGAACAAGUUCAAUUUUUAAGAUAUCAAUUUGAUAUCAAACUAACUUUUUAUUUUUCUAUGAAUAUGGUUCAUGGUUUGUUCAUUCACCAAUUAACUUUCAUAGGCCAUAGUUAUGUUUACCACUAAUAUUUUAUUUAUACAUUGGAGAAGAAAUUAAGUUAGAUGAAAUGGUUUUUUUAAAAUUACAAUUAUAAUUUAAAUUGCACUAUAUGGAUUUAAAUUCUUCUUCUUCCUCAGCCUAUCGGCCCAUUAAGUGCCAUCGCUGCCAUCACAACACCUCUCCAUUUCUCUCUAUCGUAUGCGUCAUCAAAAGAUGACUCUUCUACGUUUUUUAUAUCUUGAUCUAUAACGUCCAUCCAUCGGGUCCUUGAUCUUCCUAAUGGAUGUUUUUUAUUUAUUUUAUUAACUAACACUUCUUUUAUUACUUGUCAAUUCGCUCUCCAAACAUGGCCGAACCAUUCUAGUCGCUUGCUUUUUAUAUAUGAAGUAAUAUNUUUUUAAUUAUAAGUCUUCUUCUUCUUCUUCCUCAGCUUAUCGGCCCAUUAAGUGCCAUCGCUGCCAUCACAACACCUCUCCAUUUCUCUCUAUCGUAUGCGUCAUCAAAAGAUGACUCUUCUACGUUUUUUAUAUCUUGAGCUAUAACGUCCAUCCAUCGGGUCUUCCUAAUGGACGUUUUUUAUUUAUUUUGUUAACUAACACUUCUUUUAUUACUUGUCCAUUCGCUCUCCAAACAUGGCCGAACCAUUCUAGUCGCUUGCAUUUUAUAUAUGAAAUAAUAUUUAGCCUGUUAUAUAACUCCUGUAGUUCUUGAUUUUUCCUUCUUUUGUAAGUUUGUGAUUCUGCAUUAAAUUUUGGGCCGUAUAUCUUUCUCAGUACUUUUCUUUCGAAGGUCAUUAAUCGUUUGCUGUCUCCUUUGGUCAGUGACCAUGUUUCACUCGCGUAUGUGAUUAUUGGUCGUAAAUAGCUAUGAUACAGUAGUGUCUUUGAGUUAUGUGACAGUAGUUUUGAUUUAAGGAGUCUCCUUAUGCUAUAGUAGCAUCGGUUGCCGCAUGGUAUUCGAUCAUUGAUUUCUUCAUGCAUAUCAUUGUUGCUAUUUAUGUUAACACCUAGGUACUUAAAUACCUCCACUUUUUUGAAAAUAUAGUCAUCUACUGUUAUGUGGUCUAUGUUUGGGCUUCUUCUUGCUACCAUUAAGUAUUUCGUCUUUUCCUCAUUUACACGCAGCCCUAUGGUUUUACUUGCUUUCAAGAGUUUGGACGUAGUAUUUAUGACUUCAUCUCUAGUUUCUCCCAUUAUUACAAUGUCAUCUGCGUAUACCAAUAUUAUUCGUUUCCCACAUACUUCCAUUUUUCGACCGUCCCAUAAUUCUCUCAUUGCUUUUUCUAAUGCUAGAUUAAACAAGGUGGGUGAUAGAGCAUAACCUUGUCUAAGGCUCGAUUUUACCUCAAAGGUUUCAGACAUUUCUUGCAGGAAACGCACUCGCACACAGUUCUAUUGUUACAUCCUUUUAUAAGACUUACGUAUUUUUUAGGAAUGCCUAGUACUUCUAGUGCUUUCCAUAGUUUGUCUCUAUCAAUGCUAUCAUAAGCUUGCUUAUAGUCUAUGAAUAUAAGGUGCAGUUCUUUAUCAAAUUCAUAAAACUUAGCCAUUAUCUGUCUCAGAGUAAAAAUAUUGUCCAAUGUCGAUUUACCUUUUCUAAAGCCGCUUUGAUAUUCCCCAACUAUUUCGUUAACAUAUGGGUUAAUCCUUUCUAGUAUUAAUGACGUAUACACUUUGUAACACGUGUCCAAUAGAGAUAUACCUCUGUAGUUCUUUGUUUUGGUCGGGUCCCCCUUUUUUAAUAUAGGACAUAUUAUUGCAGUAGUCCAGUUCUCUGGAGAGGUUUCUGUAUCUCAUAUAAUUGAAAUCAACUCCAUAAUUUCUCUUCUUAUUUCAGCCCCACCUUUUUUCAGUAAUUUUUAUCUUCUGUUGGUGCGUAGCAAUUUAUAAUGACUAGGUCAAAUAGCCUACCCGCUAUUCGGAUAUAGCAAAUCCGAUCUGAGACUGCUGAAAAAUGUUUUAUGCAUGGUAGUAUUUUGUCCUGUACCACAAAACCCACUCCAUUUUCAGAUCCGCUAUAGAAAAGAGUGAUAUUUUCUUUUUUGAUAUUCCCGUUAUUAGUCCACUUGAUCUCUUGUAUAGCUAAUAUAUCCAGUUUAUACUUGUUUUGCUCUUCGAGUACAUAUUUUAGAGCUCCAGGUUUGUUAAAAAUUCUUAUGUUCUAAGUUCCCAAAUUUAGUCCUUUUUCCGAUCCAGUUGUUUUCCAUGAUUGAUCCAGUUCCGAGGCUUGUUUGAUGAUUUCUUAACGAUGAAAUAUUUUAUGAGGUCGGGUUGUUAGCCCGACGCUCAACCCUCAACCUGGAGGACCAGACUACCCCAACUAGUUAAGGUAAGGGUAGGGCUACUGCAGUACACGUAUUAUAAGGUGCACUGGGCGAUGGGAGCGCCACUUUCCCUACACCAGCUAUGGAUUUAAAUUACAACUUUUAAAAUAUUUGCUUUGUUUUUUGUCUACAAUUAUAUCUAUAUUAUGUGGGAGUGUGAACAACUUUAAAAUAUGAUACCUGUUAUAUUAUAUUUUAUCAUUUACAUAAUAUACUAUUAUCUACUAUAUUUUAAUAAUAAAUUUUCAUUAUAAAAAUACAAUUUGUUAAGAAUUAUAGCUAUAAUGCACUUUACCAUACCCCACACAAAUUAAAAUUUUUUUUUGAACAUAUUUUAAUUUUUGCAGAAAUUAUUAUUUUGUAAGUUAUAGCAAUUUGAAAACUGUAUGUCACUAUAUAACAUUACACCUGUUUUUAAAAAACAUGUUUCAUUUUUUUUUUUUUUUGUUUUUUCCCUUGUGUCAUAUUAUAAUCAAUAACAGAAUUAGUAGAAUAUAGAAUAUAAGAGUUAUUUGUUGAUUGUUGUUUUAGUUUCAAAUUUAUAUUAGUUCAUAUCUUCUCUUUCAUUUUCAUCUAAACUAUUUGGGGUUAUCUACCCUCGUCCGAAACUUCCAUUUGACCUAAUUAUCCACCUAGUAUCCAUCUGGGGAGAUCUAUGUAGAUAAUCAUUUUUAAUUGUUUCUUCUCUGAAAACAGAUACUGCUGAUGAUGAUACCAUAGGACAUCAUCAAAAUAUAUAUAACGAGUUUCAUUAUCAUUGGAUAUGCCAUAUAGACUUUCUUCACCUAUUGUAGGUCUAUACACAAUUUCCCAUCUUAUUUUUGCAGUUAUGUUACCCAUUAUUAUUUUUAUGUCGUUUUGAGGAAAUGUAUCAUAUGUAUGUUCAAGUCCCUCAUAGAAGGGUCUCAAAUUAUUACUAGUUAAAAUAUAUACAAAUUAUUGCAAUUAUAAUUUCAAAAUUGUUUUAAUUUAAUUUUUUCAGUAUCCUGUAAUUGUGGCUAUGGGAAUAUUGAAAAAAGCUGCAGCUGAAGUAAAUAAAGAAUUUGGUCUUGAUGCUAAUAUUGCUGAUGCUAUAAGUAAGGCAGCCGAUGAAGUAAUUAGUGGAAAACUUUACAACGAAGGUCAUUUUCCUUUGGUCAUAUGGCAGACUGGGUCUGGUACACAGUCAAAUAUGAACACUAAUGAAGUAUGUAUAAUUGAAAUAAUUCAAGUAUAUAGGAUGUCACAAAUAACUUCAUAUUUGAUGGUAAUAUUAAUUGACAUUUAUUAUAGGUGAUUAGUAAUAGAGCUAUUGAGAUCUUGGGAGGAGAAUUGGGAUCUAAAAAACCAGUUCAUCCUAACGACCAUGUAAAUAAAAGUCAGAGUUCCAAUGACACAUUCCCAACAGCUAUGCAUAUUGCAGUUGCUAUGGAAUUAAAUAACUUGUUAUUGCCAGCACUAAAACAUCUACACAAAGAACUAGAUAAGAAAUCCAAAGAGUUCACUGGUAUAAUAAAAAUAGGACGAACACACACACAAGUAAGGAUAAUUGCAUUUAAAUGUGUACAGUACAAUCACAAAGUAAUCUGAAUUUAAAUUAGUUUUUGUAAGGGUUUUUGUUCACAUGUUGCACAAUUACAUAUUAUAUUUUCCUAUCCUAAAAUUUAUUUUAACUUGAAGUUUUUAAUAUUUACAUUCUAAAAAUGAUUUGAAGAUACCUAUUUAUUUUCAAUUUUUUUUUUAAAAAAAAAAACUACCUAAAUUAAAAUAAAUUAUUAUUUUAUAAGAAUUAUGUUAAAAUAAAAAAAAAAUAAGUUAAUUAUUUUUCAAAUAAAAUACUACAUAUUUUAUGCUAAUUUAUAAUUAAGAACUUACACAUGGGCUUGAAAUUAAAAUAUAGUAAUUAAACAUUUUAGAACUAUAAAACAUUGAUAGUAUAUAAUGGAAAAGGCAUAUUUUGUAUAGCAGUAUAUGUAGUGCGAGCGGGUCACUUAAUCAAAUAAAAAAGAGAAUGCAAUAACAUGCAAUAUCAAAAUAAUAUAUUUUUUUAUUGAGACAAAAGAAUAUAAUAAUAUAAAGUCUGAUAACCAAUAUGGCCCAUCAUUAUGUAUUAUCUAUGUUACUAAAUUGCAUAAUUAAAUCUAAAACCAAUGAUGACAAUAAUUAAUGAUAAAUAUAAGUUAUGUAGAAUACUUUAUACUACUGUAUGAUUAUUAUUGCAUAUAUUAAUAAUAUAGUAAAUCAUUGUUUAUUUAGGAUGCUACACCAUUGACUUUAGAACAAGAAUUCAGUGGAUACGUUAGACAGCUUUAUAAUGGUAUUAAAAGAGUUGAAAAUACUCUACCACAUCUUUACGAAUUGGGAUUGGGUGGUACAGCUGUUGGAACUGGCUUGAACACAAGAGUUGGGUUUGCUGAAAAGUGUGCUGAUAAGAUAAGCGAAUUAACUAAGUUGCCAUUUAAAAAAUCUCCAAAUUUCUUUGAAUCACUAGCUGCCCAUGACGCUAUGGUUGAAGUAUCAGGUGCAUUAAAUGUGCUUGCUUGCAGUUUAAUGAAGAUUGCUAAUGACAUAAGAUUCCUUGCAUCCGGACCUAGAAGUGGUCUUGGUGAAUUAUCACUACCAGAAAAUGAACCUGGGAGCAGUAUUAUGCCUGGUGCCUAUUUAUAAUGAACUUGGUUUUUACUAAUUAUAAUAUAUAUUAAAAUCUGAUUAUUGAAAUUUAGGUAAAGUAAAUCCUACUCAGUGUGAGGCAAUCACAAUGGUGUGUGCUCAGGUAAUGGGCAAUCAUGUAGCUGUAACAGUUGGGGGCAGUAAUGGUCAUUUUGAGCUAAAUGUUUUCAAACCUAUGAUUGUGUCUAAUGUACUGAGAUCUACUAGACUUUUGGCAGACAGCUGCAUGUCGUUUACAGACAAUUGUGUUGUUGGAAUCGAAGCUAAUAAAGACAGAAUUUCUCAUCUCUUAAAAAAUUCUCUUAUGUUGGUUACUGCAUUGAAUCCACAUAUUGGUUAUGAUAAAGUAAGUUAUAUAUCUAUUAAAUUAAAUUUCAAAUUUUCUUCAUUUCUAAAUGUUAAUUAACUUUGAUUUUAGGCUGCUAAAAUUGCUAAAACUGCCCAUAAAGAUGGAUCUACACUCAAAGAAUCUGCAUUAAAACUUGGAUAUUUAACUGAAGAAGAAUUUGAUAAAUGGGUCAAACCAGAAGAUAUGUUGGGACCAAAAUAA